GUAAUCACAAGAUCACGCCGCCCAACCCCCACCAAACCCUCGCAGGGCACGUUUGCAAUUCUCGAUAACUCGAUAAUAGUCGCGGCGACAACAAACAAGUCGCGGAGAAGGGGCAAAAUAAGAAAUGGACCUACCCCCGCGCCGUGCUCGGCCGGCGGUGCACCGCUUCUCGCUGCGGUACCUUCUCGUCGCGCCCGUCCUGCUGGCCACGCUCACCGGCUACGUGCUCUUUUUGCACAGCGACGUCAACAUGUACAUGCUCUAUUCGCAGUGCCACGCCCGCUCCCGGCUGCCCUGGCUCUCCCACAUCCCCGUCCUUGGAAGCCCCGCCUGUUUUCUGGUGAGCUUCUUCCAGGAGGCCGUUUCCUCCUCCUCGCAUGCAUCGAUCCGCGCCUCGAGCACCAUGGCCGCCAUUUUAUCGUUUAUCGCGGGCCUGCUGACCGUCAGCACCGUCGAGGCCGCCCGCAUCUGCAAUGCCCCGAGCAUCGUCAUCGCCUACCCGACGGGGCCGUGGAUCUUGUUUACCCUGAUCGGCGGCGCCAUCGUCUGGGAGCUGGUCAUCAUCCCGGCAUUUUUUCACCGCAGCCGCGCCAUCAGUGCCGCCCGGAAGGCGGGCCCGGGGGGAUCCCAUGCGCAGCUGCCGGCUGGGCCGGCCGACCCGACCUUUGGCGAGGCCAUGCGGCACCUGGGCCCCAACGGGCUCGCCGAGACGGUAGCCAUCCCCGUGGCCGUGGCGGUCGGCUUCGUGGUGCCAUCUCUCCUAAUGCUGGUGCUGGACAAUCCCGCCGCUGUCCUGGUCUGGCUCUUCUUUCCCGUGUUAGUCUCGCUCGUGCGCCAGGCCGUCCGGAGGCUGCUGGUGGUAAUCACUUUGUGGGCGCGCGUGGGCGGCCAAGAAAGGCGGUGGAACGGCAGCGGCAGCCUGCAUCUCGAAUCGGACCGGCGCGCCCUGGUCGCCGUGUACGCGCUGCCGGUUGCCUGCUCCAUCCUGGCGCACGGGUACUUGCUCUGGAGCCUGACGCGGCCCGACGACCGCAAGGAGAUGACGCGCUCCGUGCUCAAGUUCAUCACCAUCGACGCCUUCUUUGUCGGCCUGACGGUGCUGUAUUGGAUCCUGGUCGAGGCCGGGUGGAGGGUGGCGCUGGUCGUGGCGGGAGCUUCCGUGAUGCUGGGCCCCGGCGCCGGCAUCUGCAUCGGCUGGAUUUACCGGGAGCAGACGGUUGACCCGGACCGGAGCGUGACGGUUGUGGCGGUAGGGUCCAGGAGGGAGAGCGAAGACGCCAGUCCGUCGGAGGAAACCCCGCUGUUGCGGUGAGACGUGGAACGGGGGAGCUUUGAGGGGGUGAGAUGAUGAGCCAUAACCAAGCAAGCACUGUUGUUGUAUGUAACGUCUGAACGAUGUAUAUGAGCCUGUGACACCUUAAAAAUUCUCUGAUAUAUUCCUUCAUU